CUAGCUCGCAGUCGAGCGCGCGCGGGCUUGAAACGACGCGCUACGGGCAGCGGUUGAUCCACCACGGGAGUCACAGCGAACUCACAGUCCACGCAUACCAAAAGUUGCCGCUCGAUUCGACGCGAUAUUCGUGUUUCAGUGCCAACUGCAGUGCCAGCACAAAAGUGCCAGCCAUACAAGGAUGGCCAAGAAGCGCAAGUCCCAGGGCCAGGGCGGCAAGUCCACGAAGGAGGCGAAGAAGCGUUCGAGAGCGAAAUCCAAAAAGCACGCUUUACGAAGCGCCACGUACGCCGUUAAGAAGCUGAUAGACUCCGCCUUGGCCGAGGGCCAGCCGCAAAACGCUGUCGACCCCGAGGCGCAACAGCGGCGCAAGAAGAAGUCCAUCAGGAGGGCGGCCGCCGCGACGGCGCGGCUCGUCGAGGCGGCCGUCGCCGAGGACGUCGAGGGGAGGCGUAGGCGGUCGCACGAAACGAACCAGAUGGAGGACGAGAGCGAUUCUGAUGAGAGCGACGAAGCGCAGGACGCCGCGGCGGCCCUGGCGCCGUUUGUUGGGAGGGGUUUGGCUGGCGCUAUUGACGAGACACUACGAACAACAAGAGACGAGGCCCAGUCCCUGGCUUUGCUGGAAGGCGCUACCUUAAAUGCCGAGGAUAGUGAUGAUGCGGCGCCUACCUACUUGGAGGACGCCUUCUCCCAGCAGGGCGGCGAGUUCGUCGACGAAUCUAGUGAGAGAUGGGCCGAGUUCUGGGCGUCGUCGCCGUCCGUCGUCGGCGUCGACGCCGAGGGCACGCACUUCUCUCCUCCCUUAUUAGUGCAGAUUGCGGCGGACACGAUGAGAGGUAGGGUGUUGUUAUGCGCGCCGGGCAAUUCUAUAAGUCCGGAUUUACAAAGGCUCAUGGGCGAUGCCGACAUCCGCAAGGCCUUCUUCGGCGAUCCUCGACGAGAACGCCUGGGCUGCGCCAUCCGAAAUGGUGUGGAUACGCAAGUCGCGGAACGAGCGUCUUCCGGGCUAGAGGGCGACGCGCCGCAGCGCGGCCUCGCCGACGUCUGCGGGCGGCUCCUGCAGGGCGCGCCCUACGCCAAGAGGAAACGGCUGCAGAAGUCCUUCGGCUUCUACCGGCAGCGCGCGGAGGCCUCGCUGCGCCACAGCCGCCACUGGCUGUCCACGGACCAGCGGCGCUACGCGGCGGCGGACGCGUGGGCGACGCUGGCGGUCUAUAAAAAGCUGGAGACUUGCGGGGCGACGUUCGAGCUCCACGACGUCGCGGCGGAGGCGCCGUCGCCGGACCGGCAGCGCGGGCGGCCCGUCGCCCACACGUCGCGCGCCGACGACCUGCGGGCGUUUGUUAAUAGAAGCCUCGCCGGCCAGACCGGGACGCAUACACGUUUCAAUGAGUAAAGAACAACUGUUGA